AUGGCACUUUCCACACCAGCAGCUUAUGCUCUAUUUUUCAUUACAGCUCUAUCAUUUUUAAUUAUUGGAUUGUAUGCUGCAUAUAAAAAUACGAAAAAUAAAUCCGAUUUUUUAUCUUCUUUAAGAACUCAAACUGCUGUACCAUUGGCACUUAACUGGAUAGCUUCAAGUCUUGGAUCAUCAUCGUUGUAUGCAUAUCCAGAGGUAGGAACAUUAGCAGGAAUAUUAGGUGUAUUUAUGUAUGCAUUCGGGUCUGUAAUUUCAUUAUUUGUGUUUGCACUUUUUGGACCAUACAUUCGUAAAAAAUGUCCUGAAGGAUUCACCAUAACAGAAUUUGUGUUGAAGAGAUUUAGUAUCGUCAAUCAAAUUUAUAUUUCAUUGAUGUCAUUGGCUAUCAUGUUGUGUUAUAUGAUUAGUGAGUUGUCAGCCGUUGGUAGUAUAUUGUUAGAAUUGGGAAAUUUUGAUCCUAAACUUUCAAUUAUUACGAUCGCAGUUGUGACUUGCCUUUACACAACAUAUGGAGGACUUCGAGUUUCAAUAUUUACAGAUUUUAUACAAGGAUCAGUAAUUAUUAUCUUGAUUAUAAUCUCAACAAUUGGUUUUGGCACAUCAGUGAAAAUUGAUCAAGAGUUGAAGGACAGUAGUGAUUUGCUCAAGUCAAAUUCUUUGGGUUGGCAAUUACUUUACAUCAUGCCUGUUGCUGUUUCUUUUGCCAAUUUAUUUCAUCAGGGAUUUUGGCAAAGGACCUUCUCAUCCAAGAAUGAUAAAGAAUUAAAAUUAUCAGUUUUGUAUGGUAGUCUAAUCUUAUUUCCAGUAUUGAUCAUGAUCGGAUUCACUGGGAUACUGGCAGUAUGGGCUGGUACAUUGACACCAGAAAUACCUGGAUAUAUAGCUUUCUUUACAUUGUUUAGUUUACCAUUAUGGGUAAUUAGACUUUUUGCUGCUGCAUUUAAUAUUCCUGCUGACGUUCUAAGAGUGUUCCUAAUUGGGGAUCUGAUAGCAACAGCAACAAUGCCACCAAUUCUACUUGGAAUUUUUGACAAAUUUUAUUAUAUCAAUUCAAUUGAUGCAAUCGCAGGUGGAUUAGGAGGAUUUUUGGGGGUUUUUAUAUUUGGUAGUAUUUAUUAUGGUAAUGCAAGUGAUGGCGCCAACUUGAUAAAUUUGCCAUUGGGUCUUUAUGGCGAAGAUUAUUCGGUCCUGGGUGCUUUUAUUGUUUGUCCGCUUUCCUCUUUAUUUUUUACAUUUUUGUCAUGUGGUGUUCGAUUAGGUAUUAUGAUGUUAAUUGGAAAAAAACCAAUGCGUGAUGAAUCAUCUCAUGAACCUUCUGAACAACCUAAUGAACAAAGCAAAUCACCUCAUGAACAACUUGAUGAACAAAACAAGCCUCAAGACUCUGACAACAUAACUCGCUAG